CAUGUGCAAAUGGUAGCCACAUAGAUCAGGCAAACGAAGCAGAUCGUGUAGUGACACUUACGAACUCGAAUUUGAGUCUCAGUUGAUUUGACUUCGUAAACGAAUAUUUAAAAGGCCGAGCGCUCUUCGACUUCCUGUGGCUGAAUACAGGUUUGGAGCAAUGCGUGUGGCAGUGAUUGGAGCAGGUGUCGUUGGGCUGGCAACAGCUCAGAGCAUCUAUGAACAGUACCAUUCAACUGUAAGACCUCUGACCAUUGAUGUGUAUGCUGACUGUUUCACACCACUGACCACAAGUGAUGGUGCUGCUGGGUUCUGGCAGCCCUACCUGUAUGACAAAGGCAAUGCCCAGGAGACAAAAUGGAAUAAAGAGACAUUUGAUUACCUGCUGAGCUUCCUCAAUUCUCCACAGUCUGUAAGGAUGGGUAUAUUCCUGCAGUCUGGAUACAACCUGUGCACAGAACCAGCUCCCGAACCUUCAUUCAAAGACAUUGUCCUGGGCUUCAGACAACUCACAGAGCGAGAGCUGCAGAUGUUUCCUGGAUACACAUUUGGAUGGUUCAACACUGCCCUCAUGGUCGAGGGUAAAUCCUACUUGCCCUGGCUGAUGGAUUGGUUGGAGACACGAGGGGUUAAAUUUCACCACAGAACAAUAAAGUCCUUCAAGGAGUUGGCAGAUAUGGGGGCAGAUGUGAUUAUAAACUGCAGUGGAGUGAGAUCAGGAGAUCUUCAGCCAGAUCCAGAUCUGCAACCAGGCCGCGGUCAGAUAGUGAAGGUAGAGGCUCCAUGGCUGAAGCAUUGGAUUAUAACUCACGCUUUUAAGGAAGGACACUACAACUCUCCGUACAUCAUUCCAGGGAGUCGUUUGGUGACGGUUGGCGGUUGUUUUCAGAUCGGAAACUGGAGUCAACAAAACAACUCUGUCGACCAUAAAUCAAUCUGGGAACAAGCAUGUAAACUGGUGCCCAGUCUCCAGCAUGCCAGGAAAAUGGAGGACUGGACCGGCCUCAGACCUGCUAGAAGCAAGGUACGCCUGGAGAGGGAGCUCAUUUUUGAUGGUGCAACUAAAAUGGAGGUGAUACACAACUACGGCCAUGGAGGUUAUGGACUCACCAUUCACAGAGGAUGUGCUGAGGAGGCAGCAAGGCUCUUCGGGGAGAUUGUUGCACAAAAAGGCCGUGGUGGAAAAGCUCGACUGUGAAUUGAAUCCAUGGAAUAUUAGAAAGGUUGCAUUACAAGGAUAUUGCUUCCUUCAAUCUUAGGCACAGUAUUUGUCUCUGUAAGAGUCAAGCGAAUGCUUACAAAUCAUUCUUGUUAUUUCUUAACUUAGAGAUUAAAAUUUGAAUGUUUUAUUAACUGUCAAUCAGUUUAUCUGUAUGUGACAGUAGAAGCACAGCUAAUAUCAUUUAUUAAUUAAUCUAUUUUUUUAUUUUUUAACAGUUAAUAUUACAUUAAAUUGUUAAUGGCUAAGUCUCCAGCCUAUAAAGGCUGGAGAAAAUACUCAAAUACACAAACUCUGUCUGUACUGAACAAACCCAGUAGUCCAACCAUAACUGGCCGUGUCUUUGCAUGUUGGGCCCAUCAAUGUCAGGACCAUGUGAAAGGCUUGUGUUACUCAGUGCUGCCAGAUACUUAAAGUAUCAGGUGGUUUCUACAGUAAUAAUAGAAAGCAGCUAAAAUUGUGGUGAAGAGCAUGAUGAAGAAAAAAAGUUCUCAUGAUUUUUCUCAGAACUAAGUGGAAGAACCAGAACCAAAGCCUUUCCCUUUGUGUUGGUUUGUUCUAUCUCACCUUGAAGUGUAUGUACAGUAGAUGUGUGGUUGAAUACAGAAAGGAAAAACAGUGCAGUAUUUGAAACACGAUUUGAUUUAGUAGAGGAACAAUCACUUGAAUGAACUCACUCACAAUACGACCAGGUUGACCAAGGUCUUGCACGUCAUAUUUGUACUAGACAAAAAUAAAUAUAAUAGGUUUUAAUACACAAUUCACAAUUAAUACAAAUGACAGAACUUAGCUUUGUGCUAAAUGUUGUAGUCGGUUAGGUGCAGAGACACACAGGAGAGAGAAACACGGUUUAUCAGACACUGCACCCAAGACUCUUUCGCAACUCUGAUUUAGAAAUACCUUUGGGUCAUAAAAAUACCAAUUCAUUUUUUUUCUAAUCAGAUUUGUUUAUUGUUUACAAUCUGUACUAAUAUAGAUGUGAUUUUAAUGUCAUGGUAUUUUAAUAAUGACGCGCUCAGUUAUAAUGCGUGUAAUUUGCGUGUAAUUUUUU